AUGGCGCCCAAACGAUUAAGGUCUACCGUUCUCACUAAAGAUGGUAUAAACUGGUACUAUGAGCAAGAGGGUUCUGGCCCUGAUGUUGUCUUGAUUCCGGACGGCUUGGGCGACUGUCAGAUGUUUGACAAGCCGAUGUCUAUCAUCGCUAGCAGUGGCUUCAAGGUGACCACAUUUGAUAUGCCUGGAAUGUCGAGGUCCUCUUCUGCGCCGCCGGAAACUUACCAGAACGUCACAGGCCACAAACUGGCUAAUUACAUCGUCACCGUCAUGGACCAGCUGGGCGUCAAAACCGCAUCCGUCUGGGGUAGUAGUUCGGGGGCAUCUACCGUGCUUGCAUUGUGCUCAGGAUUUCCCGAUCGCGUGCGGAACGGGAUGCCACAUGAGGUCCCAACCGCGAACCCCGAAAACCUUCAAAAUAUUCACGAUGCCGACCCUGCCACAAUCUCUAGAGAUAUGGCAGCUGCCUCGCGGGCCAUGUCAGCGAAUGAAGAGGCAUGGGACGCACUCGGACCAGAAGUUCACGAGAGGCUCUGUGACAAUUAUGUCCGUUGGGCUUACGGCUAUCCUCGCACCAUACCCGGGUCCGCGGCGACGAAGACCGAAGACCUACACAAAGUUCCGAUAGAUUGGACCGUUGGCGCUGCGGGUCCCACUCAGGUUUUCUUCGAGAAUGUCGUGAUAGCGACCCGAGAGGGCAUCCCGAUCAAAACCCUUCCUGGCUUCCAUUUUCCGUACGUUUCGCAUCCGGAAGCCUUUGCGAAAUACAUUGUCGAAACGACUCAGAAGUACUUGUGA